CCGGUCCUGGGUUAUAUAGUUGCAGAGGCGCGUCUCGGAGGUCAGCGAGCGGCCUCCAGAGGUUACGCUCUUGUUCUUGCACUGUUCAGGCGCCAUGGCCGAGUCCUUGUUCUUCAACAAGCAGAUAAAGCACAUAACCCAGGACCCCAGCCGCCUGUGGAUAUGGGACAAGGCCACCUUUAUGGAUGAGCAGCGGCGCACCUGGCUGCCGAUCAUCCUCCAGACAGAGAAUCACCUGCAGGUGCUCCUGCGGCAGCACACGAUCCAGGUGGGGCAACCCCUGAGCCCCAGCCAACUCACCUCCUGCCCACUGCCUCUGAUGUGGCAGCUGGACUUCAACAGGAAGUACCGAGCCAGUGACUUCUCCAUCUGGCGCGUAGUGUAUCACAUCGAGUUCUGUGGCAUGGAAGACAUCCUCCUGGAGAAGUUGCCGAACCCAGAGUGUUCUUGAUGUGGUCUUGCAGUUCUGACUC